UGUGUCACGCAGUCCGCUUCCGUAUAUAAUCUCCCCAAAAUGAGUUCCCAGAUGAGAGCUGGAGCUUCUGAUAGUUAUCCAUCAUCACUCGAAAUGGCGCCUCUUGCAAUGGUGGCUUCUGCAACCCUCAAGCCCGUUGCACGAAGGUUGAACAACUGGGAGAAGCUGCUUCCUUGGUCACCAAGAAGAUCAGCCAACUUAUCUAUUUUAAGGAGACUUCCUCCACGAUGCAUUCACAUCAUUGCGUCAAGUGCGACAGGGAGGAAUGGAGGGAUUAAAGAGACAUCUGACACUGAAACAGCACUGUCUUUGUAUGCAUGGCCAGAUGACCGGGUUGGUUGUACUUUUUGAGUUCAAAGCUUUUAAAGGCUCCCUUGCAUCAUACCGACAAAAAAAAGGGCUUUCUCACAUCAAGCCCCGGGUGUGCAUAUUGGGUGGUGGAUUUGGAGGUUUAUACACCGCUCUAAGACUCGAAUCUCUCGUGUGGCCCAGUGGCAAGAAACCUCAGGUUCUUCUUGUAGAUCAGUCGGAUCGCUUUGUUUUUAAGCCGAUGCUGUAUGAGCUUCUUUCGGGAGGUAUUCAUGAAGUAGAUGCAUGGGAAAUAGCACCCCGCUUCUCCGACUUAUUGGCAAACACUAGUAUCCAAUUUUUCCAAGACAGAGUUAAACUGUUGCACCCUUCUGACAAUUUGGGAAUGAAUGGGCCAACAAGAUCAGGUUGUGGUGGAACGGUCCAUCUCGAAAGUGGAGUCGUUAUUGAAUAUGACUGGUUGGUUCUGGCUUUGGGAGCUGAAGCCAAACUCGAUGUCGUACCUGGUGCUGCAGAGUUUGCAUUAGCUUUCUCAACGCUGGAGGAUGCACGUAAGGUCGAUAAGAAGCUAAGAAUGUUGGAAAGAGGGAAGUUUGGUAAGGAAUCAUCUCCUAUACGUGUGGCAGUUGUUGGCUGUGGUUACUCGGGAGUUGAGUUAGCUGCUACAAUAUCAGAGAGAUUGCAGGAUAAAGGAGUAGUUCAAGCAAUCAAUGUUGAAACCACUAUAUGUCCUACUGCUCCACCUGGGAAUAGAGAAGCUGCAUUAAAAGUUCUGUCCUCCAGAGGUGUUCAGCUUUUCUUGGGCUAUUUUGUGAGCUGCAUCAGAAGGGUUUGUGAGGCUGAAAAUUCAGACAAGUUGACAGAAACCGGAAAAGAAGAGGCAACCGUCGGAGAACAGGAUCAUGAGAAAUAUAUUCUGGAACUUAAACCUGUUGAAAAGGGUCUGGAGAGUCGGAUUCUGGAAGCAGAUUUAGUUCUAUGGACUGUUGGUUCUAAGCCUCUAGUUCCUUCAUUGGAACAUGGGAAUUAUGGUUAUUUAUUUCCUGUAAAUUCCAGGGGGCAAGCAGAGACUGAUGAAAUGCUCCGAGUCAAGGGCCAUCCACGGAUAUUUGCCAUUGGUGACUCUGCUGCCUUAAGGGACUCCUCUGGCAGGCUUCUUCCAGCUACUGCACAGGUUGCUUUUCAGCAAGCAGAUUUCACGGGCUGGAAUCUCUGGGCAGCAAUUAAUGACCGGCCUCUACUGCCAUUCAGGUUCCAGAAUCUGGGUGAGAUGAUGAUUCUCGGGAAGAAUGACGCAGCGAUUUCUCCAAGUUUCGUUGAGGGCCUAACAUUGGAUGGUCCCAUUGGCCAUACUGCCAGGAAGUUGGCAUACUUGUUGAGAUUACCAACCGAUGAACAUCGGGUAAAGGUUGGGAUCAGUUGGUUCACAAAGUCUGCUAUAGAUUCCAUUGCUUCACUGCAGAGCACUAUAACCAAAGUUCUCUCAGGCUCUUAAAUCUAUCAUAAUGACUUCUUGGGCGGUAUCUGUUAAUUGAUUUACCAUGUAUUCUCUUCCGUUUCCUUUUUUUGUUGUAAAUAAAAUCUUGAUACCGAUGGAAAAGAUGUUACUAAGCUAGUGAGUGCAAGAGGUUGAAUUCAUCAGCAA